AUGCUGCCGUACCUGUUCCCCGAUCUGUCCACCUUUACUACAGUCGCCGAUCUUAUCACCCACCUUCGCACUAGUGAUGCUCGCCUGCGUGCCGCCCUUCCCACCGAGUUCUGCGCUAAGAACCCCCCUCCACUGUACUGGACACUACACUUCAUAGUCACCCGUCUCCCUGACACCCUCCGCUCAGUUCGAGACCACUUCCUUGCUCGCUGUCCCACUGAGCUCACAGUCGCCCUCCUAGAGGAGCAGCUGCUCGCGGCCGCAUUGUAG